AUGUCCAACCACGAAAGCCACGUCUGCGAAUGCGAGCACACAGAGCCCCUUGGCGAAGUAAGCCUUGCAAAACUGGAGGACUUGCGACGUGCAGUCAAUAAUUGGGAGAGCCUAGAAGAGCGAUACGAGUUUCUCCGUAAUCUUCAUCCUCUGAUCGAUGAUUGGCAGGGCCAGCUUCCCAACCUCCGGGACGUUUUUCGGCCCGAAGAAAUCGAACGUCUUCUCUGCGAUUCCCUUACUUUAACUAUGGUGGAUGUGAGUGCCCCAGGAAAAUUAAUCAUCGGUUUCGUGGCUUCUACCGGCUACAGAGACGAGCCGACGGAAAUCAACGGAGACGACAAGUCAUCGUCGCGUCGCACAACGCCGUUGCAUCGCAGUUUUAUGGAGGAGAAAAUCGAGUGUGUCAGUGAUCUUUUUAAAAUCUACGACAGAUAUGACGUGAAUUACGCAGACGAGUCGGGCCUCACACAUUUGCAUGUCGCCUGCUGGUCAGGUCAUAGCGUCGUCAUCCAGAAAUUCCUCGAGCUCGGCCACACUCCCGAUAUUGUGCAUCCUAAAUUUCAUUCGCCCCUUUGGAUAGUUUUAGACAUCGGCGACAAAGAGGCGGCCGAAUUGCUGCUGAGAAAUGGCGCGAAUCCAAAUAUAAUAGACAGAAAGGGAUGGACUCCUUUACACCUCGUAUGCAAGAUAGACAACGACGACGAUGACGAAGGCUUGGCGGAAUGGUUUUUCAAGAUCAACGAUGAAUUGAACCAGCUGCUGCAAAUCGAUGCCCGGGACAAGAAGGGCAGAACUCCACUGCACGUCGCCUUAGACUAUGGCAAGAAAAAAGCCAUCGAAUUGCUACUGAGACGAGGCUCGGAUCCGAACAUUGUCAACGAGGACGGAUUGACUCCUUUGCAUGAAUUAUGUUACAAAUACCACGAUCUCGACGAUGACAACGACGACGACGGCCACGAUGGCGGCUAUGAUAAUUAUGCCUUGGCAGAGUUGUUUUUCAGGAUCAACGACGAAAAAAAUCAGUUGGUGCAGAUCAACAUCCAGGAAAACAAUGGCAACACACCGUUGCACUUGGCUAUGCAUAAGCCCGACAGAAACUUGAUUGAGUUGCUACUAAGGAGAGGCGCGGAUCCGAAUGCGGUCAACAAAGAAGGAGGGACUCCUUUGCAUAUUAUUUCUUACAAAUGCAGCGACAACAAUGGCGACGAUGACGACGACGACGACGACGACGACGACGACAACGACUACGACUAUGAUAAUACUGCCUUGGUGGAGUUGUUUUUAACGAUCAACGAUGAAAAACAGCAGAUGGUAAAGAUAAACGCCCAAGACCAAGAGGGUUACACAUCGUUGCACUUGGCUCUGAACAACGGCCACAAGAAGUUGUCCGAAGUGCUGCUCAAAAGAGGCGCUGACCCGAAUUUGGCCAAUGCAGAAGGAUCGACUCCCCUCCAUUUCGUUGCUCGGGUAACGAAUGUAGACGAUUUGGCCAAGUUAUUUUUCAAGGUCAACGACAAGUUGAAUCAGGUCGUCGAGAUCGACCCCUUGGACAAGUUGGGUCGGACACCGCUUCAAUGGGCAGUCGCGUGUGCUGUGCCGAACCAUACCGAUGUAAUCUUAGAUCGUGGUGCCAAUCUGUCCAAGUUCGUUUUUCCUACCGAGAGUCAUUUCGAUGAGUGUUUUGCAAGUUUGCGCGACGAAAAUAUUUUUAAAUUCGAGGCAGCGGUUGGUCUGCUGGCUUGCGUCGAGAGCCUUCAGAUAAGAGGAUACGAGUUGGACUAUAGCGACGUUCUGAAGAUCAUGAAACUCUUCGCCAAGUACAACUUUUUCGAGGAAUCGUCAGCGGACCUUUUAGAAUUGCUAAAAGACGAUAAAGAAUUCACGAGCCAAGAAAAGAAGGAAAAGAUUGAGAUCGAAGAAGGUCCCAAUCCGUCGCUUCACGACCUACUACUAUUGGGACCCAAAGAGGCGGAGAAAAUAGUCACUUAUGAUGAAUACUAUAAGUUUGCAAGAUCGGAUCCUUUCAGUGAAAUGUCCAAAAAGUAUCAGGAGAGUGAAGAGGAUGAUUUGUAUUUGAUGAUUAAUAUUAUAAAUGAAUAA